UCUCCGCCGCGCCUCACCCCUGCUCGAAGAUUUUACAACAAAAGACAGACAACUCGGGGAAAGUGUUUUUUCGGCGGAGUUGCAUGGGAAUUUAAGACUGAACGGGAAGAGAACAAAGGGGAGGGACGGUCCGGGCUGAUGGAUCCACAGAUGAGAUAGCGCUCUGCCCCAUCUCUCCCCAUCCUUCCCCGGCGGACGGACGGCUCUUUUUCUUUCCGGAUGAUGUAACUGUUUUAUGACAGACCAAGCUUGGAUGUAUGCUCUGCUCAUAUUUCUCUUUAAUAAUCAACGCACGGUACUGUAAUAUCCACAGGCACCCCCCACCCCUGGUUUUAAGAGCCCGUGUGUAGGUUUGUGUGAGGGGGCUGAGCUCAGCGGGACGUUGCGCAGUGUUCCCCCAGAGGUCUGCGAGCGGUGGUGCAGUCAUGUGGCAGAGGAUUCAGAUUUGCUGUGUACUGUUUGCACUGUAUUCAGCGGCACCGCCUGCACACAUCAACCGCCUGGCGCUGUUCCCUGACAAGAGCGCCUGGUGCGAAGCCAAGAACAUCACGCAGAUAGUCGGGCACACGGGAUGUCAGCCUCGCUCUAUUCAAAACAGAGCUUGUCUGGGCCAGUGUUUCAGUUACAGCGUUCCCAACACAUUCCCACAGUCAACCGAGUCUCUGGUGCACUGCGACUCCUGCAUGCCUGCCCAGACACAGUGGGAAGUGGUGACUCUGGAGUGCCCGGGCAAUGAAGAGUCUCCUCGUGUGGAUAAGCUGGUGGAGAGGAUCUUCCACUGCAGCUGCCAGUCCUGCAGUAAGGAAGGUGCCCAGGAGGGGGCAGUGAUGCAGCUGUAUCCAGCAGACAACGGCCUGGAUGCUCCGUCUUUAUCUGACACCCUCAGUGGGGCUCAGUCUCACCUUCUGCCCCAUUCAGACACGCACUCUAAGCAUGGUCACCCACACACAGACCAUCACACACUACCACAUACAUCAGACGGAGGGUAGGUCUGUCGGUUUUUUUUUUUUUUUGUCACUUUGCUCAUCUCUUCCGCCCUCUCUACUCUCCUCCACAUUGCAUCCUUUGUACCAAUCUGUAGUAUUGCAAAGGCACUUUGAAGAUAUGACUUCACUAUGUGUUAAACGUUUCUCUAAAGACACACACACACACGCACGCACGCACGCACACACGCACACACGCACACACACUUUCACAAAGUCAUGCUAUUAAAGUAAACUCUAUUGUAUGUAGAGUAAACAAACACACCCGCCUAUAAUGCACUCUUUUUGUUUGCUGAUUAACACAUGCAUAUGUGUGCA